AUGGUCAACCGCGCUCAGUCCUCAGCAGCUGGUGUUCUGGCUCUGCUAUCAGAACCAGACCCAGUAUUCAAGCAACAUGCUCUCAAGGCUCUCAUUUCCAUGGUUCCCCAGUUCUGGGCAGAGAUUUCGGAGCACAUAGCCCUAAUAGAAUCAUUAUACGAGAGCUCAGAGCUUGGGAAGAACGUUCGCGAUGCAGCUGCACUUUUAGCCAGCAAAGUCUACUACUACCUCGGCGAAUACGACGAAGCUUUGUCUUUCGCCCUCGGUGCGGGGAACGCGUUUGAAGCAGAGACUCGCGCGCCAGGCUCAGAGGAGUAUGCGGAGACGAUCAUCUCCAAGGCCAUCGACAAAUACAUCGACCUACGUGGGCAACAAGAAGGCCAGAAAGAGAAGAUAGACCCCCGCCUCCAGUCUAUAAUAGAAAACCUAUUUUUGAAGUGUGUCGCAGACCGGGAAUACAAACAGGCCAUCGGAAUUGCCCUCGAAGCACAACGUCUCGAUAUAAUAUCGAAAAUCUACGAACAAACACACGAUACCGCACUGCUCUCUUAUGCUAUGGACGCUGUCUCGGACACUGGCUUCCCCUUGUCCUACCGUGACCAAGUCUUAAACUUCCUUCUCCCACUAUUCCCCCGACCAUCCAAAGACGGCUCCCCACAUGUCCAUUCAUUGACACGUUUGCUCUUGACUCUCAGCAGCCCUUCGCAUGCAAUCUCAUUGCUCACAUCGUUGGUUCCGGAUGACAAACUUUUGGCGUACCAGUUUGCCUUUGAUCUCGUAGAAGGCGGCGCGCAAGAUUUUCUAGAAAACGUUCGGAACGAUCUUCCAGAGGGUGACGAGAAAACGAAGCCAAUAUUCGACAACCUACGGAAUAUCCUCACCGGUCAAGAGACUGUCAAGCUAUACUUCCACUUCUUGAAACGAAACAAUCACGUCGACCUUCUAAUAUUGAAAAAUACACGAGACGUUUUGGAAGCUCGGUCUUCGAUAUACCACACAGCACUCACCCUCCAAAAUGCUUACAUGCACGCUGGCACCGCUUCUGACAUUUUCCUGCGAGACAAUCUUGACUGGCUUGGACACGCUUCAAACUGGGCCAAGUUCUCUGCCACCGCUGGCCUCGGUGUUAUUCACAAAGGCUACUUCGAACAAGGCAUGACAAUUCUGGGCCCGUACCUGCCUCAAAGUGGUGGAGAGAGCGGUGUCCAGGGCGCUGCAUACCAGGAAGGUGGCGCUUUGUACGCUCUCGGGUUGAUCAAUGCUGGUUGCGGUAGCUCAGUCGUUGGCUACCUUCGCGAUACACUAAAAUCUUCCUCCGGAGAAGUCGUUCAGCACGGUGCCGCCCUUGGACUUGGUGUAGCAGGAAUGGGCUCACGAAGCUUGGAAACUUUCGAGGACCUGAAGACCGUCCUGUUCACGGACUCUGCUGUCGCUGGCGAAGCUUGUGGUUACUCUAUGGGGUUGACAAUGCUGGGUACCGCUGCCCCCGAAGCUGUGAGGGAGAUGUUGGUGUAUGCUCGGGAGACUCAGCACGAGAAGAUCAUUCGCGGGUUGGCCGUUGGCGUUGCCUUCAUCUAUUACGGCCGACAAGAGGAAGCCGACCAAACAAUCAAGUUAUUGUUGGAAGAGAAGGACCCGAUUCUUCGAUAUGGUGGUGUUUACACGCUAGCUCUCGCUUACGCCGGGACGUCCAACAACAACGCCGUCCGACAGUUACUGCACAUCGCUGUUUCCGACACGUCCGACGAUGUGCGAAGAGCUGCUGUGACGGCCCUGGCAUUCUUGUUGUUCAAGAACCCAAGCCAGGUUCCUCGUAUGGUCCAGCUUCUUAGCGAAAGUUACAACCCCCAUGUUCGUUGUGGCGCGACUCUGGCGUUGGGGAUUGCAUGUGCUGGAACUGGACUACAAGACGCGGUUGAAAUUCUUGAGCCUAUGACCAAAGAUUCUGUAGACUUUGUACGCCAGGGUGCAUUCAUUGCUCUGGGUAUGGUCCUCGUACAACAGUCCGAAGUCACGUCUCCAUCUUUCGCUUCUACGCGUGCCCUUUAUCAGAAGAUCGUCUCUGACAAACACGAAGACCCCGUUGCGCGCUUCGGUGCUGCACUCGGCCAAGGCCUCAUCGACGCCGGUGGCAGAAAUGUCACGAUCUCCCUAUCGAGUCGGGCAGGCAGUCGCAAUACUAGCGCAAUCGUCGGGAUGGUCCUCUUCUGCCAGUUCUGGUACUGGUAUCCUCUGGCGCACUGCGCUUGCUUGGCCUUCCAGCCUACCGGGAUUAUUGGACUGAACGGUGACCUCAAGGCGCCUCAAUUUGAGUUUAUCUCGAACGCAAGGCCAAGCAUGUUUGCCUAUCCUGUCGACACUCAACCUCCGAAGAAGGAAGCUGUCGCAAAAGUUGCAACGGCCGUCCUCUCCACCACUGCCAAGGUCAAGGCCAGAGAAAAGCGCAAAGCAAAUGCUGAGGGUGAUGGGAUGGACACAGAUGAGAAAUCCAAGGCUGAAGGCGAUGUUGAGAUGCGCGACGAGGGUGCAUCUGGCAAACAUCGAGAUGUCUCACCCAUCGACGGCCUAUCCGACGAGGCCAAGCCAUCCACGUCCAAACGAAAAGAGCCUUCAUUUGAGAUGCUCCCUAAUUUGUCUCGCGUGACACCAGCGCAGAUGGCCUACAUCAGCUUCCCCAAUGACUGCCGUUAUCGCCCCGUCCGCAUGGUCUCGGCCAAACCAAAGAGUGGGAGAUCGGCGAUACCCUCAUCGUUAGCUCUGCAAUCGGAACAAUCUGGUGGUGGAGGCAUCUUGAUCUUGACGGAUCUCCGACCAGAUGAAGAGGCUGAGUUCAUCGAGUUCGAGCCCACUGCACCGCCCGCUCCAGAAGCUGAAGUAGCUGUUCCUAAUGGACAUGCCGACCCUCUUCCUUCGGGUCCUCACAUUGCAUUGGAUGAAAGUGCGCCCGAAGCCGAUCCUCCAGAAGCGUUUGAAUACCCUUUUGACCACGAUACAUAA